CAGCAGGGAGCAACGAAGUGCUGUAAUCCUCCCUGGUAGCAAGCAGACAGACGUUAUUUUCUCUUUCAUUCUGCCGAAGACUGAAGUCAGCAGAACGGAGCACAUCCAAAUUGACUUUUUUUUAAAAAAAAAGCAAGUUUGAAAGCCAGACUGGCUGGAAGAAUAAGUCCGAUUGGAGGGCUAUAAAAUGCUCUAGCCAAAAGAAAGAAAGAAAAGGCAGAGAGAAGGAGAAACGGCAGCAGCGAGUUAAGCGUGGAGAAAUCCGAGGACACCGUUUACUCAAUGGAUUAGCUGCUCGUUUUGUUUCAAGGAGCCGAGUUUGCUGAGUGCCUUCCGGCUGAUAUUAAAUGACAAGUCGAGCGAGCGGCGUUGUCCUGGAGGAAGUGCUGGUGCUGUGCCUUUAAGAGAGUCUUGCGGGGGAAUUGGGUUUCUCAGUAGUCCUGCACGUGGCGGAAUAUAUUUUGGGGGGGUGGGGUGGGGGGGAAGAGAAAUCGCGUUCCGAUUUUUUUUUUUUUUCCCUGGGUCAUGACUUUGGCAUCUCUCGUUUUCGCUCGCUUUAUUUCAAUGAUACGAAGCCGCUUCGAUUGGGAGCAGAAACGUACGAUCCACACACGGAAAUGUGGUAAUCUGGAGGCACUCGUGAUUGCAGCCCAUUGAAGAAAUUCGGCUGGAAGCGCUUGUUUAGCUUUGUUUUGACGAAGAGGCAAAUCCAGAGAAAGGCACCCACAGGGAAAGUAGUUAAAUACACUUUGGGACACGUGGAUGCUAAAUAUAUCUCCCAGUCAUGGAGAGGGACCGGAUUACAGCUUUGAAGAGAUCCUUUGAAGUUGAAGAAGUAGAUCAGCCUUCAAAUUCUUCCACUCCACAAAGGCGGACACCCAAUCCUCUUGUUAGGUCCACAGUGUCCAGUUCCACACAGAAAUUCCAAGAUCUUGGGGCCAGGAAUUCAGAGACUCCUUCCAGACAUGGGGAGUCUCCAGCACAAAGAUCUCCCAAGUCCUCUUUAAGGAGAGUUGAGAUCUCUGGGCCAAAACAUCCUGAACCAGUGUCCAGAAGAACAGAAAUCUCCAUUGAUAUAUCAUCUAAGCAAGUGGAAAAUUCCAACUCAGGAGCAUCAAGAUUUGGCCUCAAGAGAACAGAUGUGUUGGGACACAAGCCCCCUGAGACUGCUCCCAGAAGGACUGAGAUCAGUCUAAGUAAGCCCCAGGACCCAGCUCUUCGCAGAAUGGAAGUCCCCUCAAAGAUCCCUGAACCAACUCAGCGCAAAGUUGAAGCCACUAGUCCACCUUUGCCUGAUGUUGCUACCAAACGUGUGGAAAUCCAGGUAACAAAAUCUUCUGAGGUUCCAGUGCCACCAAUCAGGCAGACUGAAAAUGUGGAGCUUUUUUCAACCAAUCAGCAUCUGCCACCAGAACCAAAGAUACAGCCAGCAGUGACUGAACUGCCACACAAAAGCCAAGAAGGUUCAGAGACCAUUCCCAGUUAUCCCAGCAGCAUGAUGGAAGCCACUCGAGAUGUUGGCCUCAAGCAAGCUGCGCCAACGAGAACAGAGAAGCCAGCCGCUGACUUCGCCUAUGUUGGGAUUGAUGCCAUCCUCGAACAGAUGCGAAGGAAAGCCAUGAAACAAGGCUUUGAGUUCAACAUCAUGGUUGUUGGUCAGAGUGGCUUGGGAAAAUCAACUCUAAUCAAUACCCUUUUCAAAUCCAAGAUCAGUCGCAAAUCAGUGCAACCAAGUUCUGAAGAACGUAUUCCCAAGACAAUUGAAAUCAAGUCCAUCACACACGAUAUUGAGGAAAAAGGUGUUCGUAUGAAGCUGACUGUCAUUGACACUCCAGGAUUUGGGGACCACAUUAACAAUGAGAACUGUUGGCAGCCCAUAAUGAAGUUCAUCAAUGACCAGUAUGAGAAGUAUCUCCAGGAAGAGCUGAAUAUUAAUCGGAAGAAGCAGAUCCCGGAUAGCAGAGUUCACUGCUGUAUAUAUUUCAUCCCUGCCACUGGCCACUCCCUCCGGCCACUUGACAUUGAAUUCAUGAGACGCUUGAGCAAAGUAGUUAACAUUGUGCCUGUCAUCGCCAAAGCAGACACAUUAACUCUGGAGGAGAGGGACUCCUUCAAGCAAAGGAUUACAGCAGAUCUCCUUGCUAAUGGCAUAGAUGUAUACCCCCAGAAACAGUUUGAUGAGGAUUCUGAAGACCGAUUAAUAAAUGAAAAAUUUAGGGAAAUGAUUCCAUUUGCUGUGGUGGGCAGUGACCAAGAAUACCAGAUUAAUGGAAGGCGAAUUCUGGGAAGGAAAACAAAAUGGGGCACAAUUGAAGUUGAGAAUACAACGCACUGCGAGUUUGCUUACUUGAGAGAUCUUCUGAUCAGGACUCACAUGCAAAACAUCAAAGACAUUACUAGCAGCAUCCAUUUUGAAGCCUACAGAGUUAAGCGUUUAAAUGAAGGCCAGAACUCACUCUCCAAUGGUGUGGUUGACAAGGAAGAGUUGGUGGCCAAUGAAAUGUAAUGCUCCGUGCCCAAGCUAGGACCCGGCUUCCCCUCUCCCUUCCCUCUCCCACCCUACUUUCUUUAAAACAUGAUCCUAUACAUCCUCUGCUGGUGCCAUUGUUCUUUUCUCCUCCUUGCCAGUGGUAUCCAGACUGCUGAUGUUAAUUGACCAAAUAACAGUGCUUUCCAUAACAAACAUCACAUCUUGCUCUUUUCCAGUCUCUGUGAUGUGAAACAUCUCUCCUGUCCUUCCUUUUAGGAUAUAGUAACGGUUUGUUAUAAAGACAGCAGGUUCAGGAUGAACUCAACAGGUGGGGCUUUUCUUGAGUUUUGAACUUAUGGUGACCACUUUAGCAUAGAUCCUUGACCAGGACUGGUCCAUGUUCCUUUCUUGGAGCUAAGGGAGAGACUCCCUCCAAUUGUAACAGCUCGAGUCUCUUGAAACUGAGAUGAGCAGAGAUUGAUCUUUUCUCUUUCUGUUAAUCAGGAAUCAAUUGGUCUUUUUCAUAGAUCCCUGUGCUACUGUUUAAGUCAAGUAGGGUUGGCCCAAAUAUUUGAAGUGAUUUCUUGCAUUGUGCCAAUCUGGUAAAUAUGAAGCAUGGCUAUGUUAAUGAGAGAAGAGGGUGCUGUGCAUUUCUUACAGUCUCCAUGCAGCCGUAUUCCCAAUUGAGCAAUGACAUAUCAGGACAAUGUUGAAAGGGCAAAGUCAGAUCUGGAUGAGUCAGCUUUCUUUAGCAGAUAGAUUGAAUGAAUGCACCACAGGAUCAUCUUCACCGUAUGGGUAGAAGAGAAUUAAAGAAAAACCUAUUUCUGCUUUCUCUGCUUCAGUGACUCAGAUCCAUACAAAUCUUUGCAAGCCACUUGGUUUAUCUAGUGCCAACGUUUAUUGUUUUAUAAAUCUUGGAAAGGGCAGGGAGUUGUUUUUAUUUUAUUUCCAGUCUGGUUGUUUUUCGCUUUAUGUAUCUAACUUCAUCCAUUUCAGAUGAAGAUUGUUAUGACUAGAUACAUUUUUUAAAGAAAUGGUAGAGCAAUAGAAAGAUGUAUGAUGGGUGCAUGGCACAAUUCUACACAGCACUAUACGUUUCUUACUCCAGCAUGCCUGAUUGCUUCCCCCUUUCCCUUAAAAUGACAACAGUAAUAGCCAAUAGAUUCAAUAAAAAGCCGUGAUCUACUGUGGGAUAGUAUGGCGACUCUAUUUUAAGAGUAAUCCACUCUUGGGGAACAUGGAUCAUUCUGACUCUUUAAAAAGGCUCAUGUUUCAUCCUCCUCACCCCCAUCUCUGCCUUCAUCAGGGCUGAAACCCCAAAACCUGUUGACUUUCCAGAAGUGAAGAGGUUCAUCAUACAUUUGAUUCGGGCUUCUGUUCAAGGACUUUAAGUGUAGGCUUUCCUAUGGUGGAAGUUCAUAUAUGCUUUGUGCACAGCCAGUGGAGAAGACCCCAGCCAUUAAUGUUGUUGUGCUCAGCUCUUUUUUCCUUCAAAAUACCGAAGACAUUCUUGAGGUCUGGAUAGGCUAAAUUAUCUCAGCGUUCAGUUUUUGAGUGUAACCUUUCUACUUACAGCUAAAUCCUCUCAAGUAUGCAUUCAUAGGCGCAUCAUCUAAGAUGUUCAUCUCAGUCUGAAAAGCCAUACUCUGCAUUUUUCUGGCUUGGCACCCUCCAGAUAUGUUGGGUUUCAGGCCCCAAAGCUUAACCAUUAAGCUGAAUAUCCAACAUAUCUGGAGGAAAAGCUGUACAAAAGUGUGUGAGUCCAAGAUCUCUCAGAUACUGUAUGCUGAAUGUUACUGAGAAAGUUCUUUUAAUAUAGAAUUCAUUCACAUUCUCCAGCCAGUACUUAUGCAGUGAUGGAUGACUAUAUUCCCAAUGGGGACAAGGUUUUUGUACUUUUCCUCUGAGGAAACUGGAAGAGGCAACCUCUCCAUAACAAUGAAGGCGGGGUGAGAACCGAAGGCUAAUUUGAUCCAGACUUUACUCAGUAUUUAUGAUUAAUCAAGAAGUCUGUAGGUUAUAGCAUUAUUUUGUUUGAACAGAGACUCAAAAAGAGCCAGCCCUGAAGGACCACAUGCUGUGAGACUCCUCAUUGUUCCUUUUUGAAACUAGAAAGCAAUACUGCCCUCUUGUGGAACACUCAGAAAAGAACAGCAUAUUCAUUCUUGGCUUCCUCCAAUGUUAAAUACUCUGAUUUCCUCAUUUGGGCACCACUGUGGCUAUUCUCAACAGGCAGAAAUGCCUCAGGACAAGACAUCAAACACCAACUGUAGGAUGCCAGCAGAUGAACAGGUCUUCAUUCAGGUCUUCUAAGCAUAUGUCUUCUGCCAAGACCUCUUGUGAUCCAUUGCUGUGUCCAUCCUGCCCAGGGCAAAUGUUUUUUCCCCCAU